AUGGCUGCAACUGCUACUCCCUCUCUGUUUUCAGUCUCAAUCAACCCAAACCAUGUUCUUAAGCCAAAACGUUUCAUCCUUCAACCCAACCUUCCUGUUUUCAAAUCUCUCAAAUGUAUCCAUUCCAACACCUCUCUUUCCUGCUCCGCCGUCGCUUUUCCCAAAACCGCGGAGCUCGUCGUUCCUUCCAAGCUCCGACAUCUAGCCGAUGAGUUUCAGUUGUUACCUGAGCCAAUGGAGCGGAUGAAGCGACUUUUACACUACGCAGGACUCAUACAGCCGAUGGAAGAGACAUCUCGGGUUGACACGAACCGGGUUAUGGGUUGCACUGCGAGGGUUUGGGUUGAGGUGAAGAUCGACGGUGAAGGGAAGGUGAGAUUAACGGCUGACAGUGACUCCGAGAUCACGAAAGGUUUCUGCGCGUGUUUGGUUUGGGUUCUUGACGGGUCUGAACCGGAAGCGGUUUUGAAAGUUUCAACUGACGAUUUGGUAGCUCUCAAUGUCGGUUUACCGGGAACCGGUCGUUCUAGGGCGAACACGUGGCAUAACGUUCUUGUUACUAUGCAGAAAAAAACGAAACAGUUAGUUGCUGAGAGAGAUGGGAAAGUUCCGUUUGAGCCUUUUCCUUCGUUGAUUAUUACUGCGGAUGGUUUUGUUCCGAAGGGUAGUUAUGCUGAAGCCCAGGCAAAAUAUCUGUUCCCUAAGAAGUUAAAAGUUGAUGAACUAGUCAAUGUGCUGAAGGAUAAGAAAAUUGGUGUAGUUGCACAUUUUUACAUGGAUCCUGAAGUCCAAGGCAUUUUAACUGCUGCUCAGAAACAGUGGCCUCAUAUUCAUAUAUCUGAUUCACUGGUCAUGGCAGAUUCAGCAGUCAAAAUGGCAAAAGCUGGAUGCAAAUUCAUAACAGUGCUAGGUGUGGACUUUAUGUCGGAAAAUGUGCGCGCCAUCCUUGAUCAAGCCGGUUUCAAUGAGGUUGAUGUUUAUAGAAUGUCAAAUGAGCGUAUUGGUUGUUCACUGGCUGAUGCUGCAGCUACCUCUACUUAUAUGGAGUAUCUUGAGCCAGCUUCUAGGUCUACUUCUUUGCAUGUCAUAUAUAUUAACACUAAGUUAGAGACAAAGGCAUAUGCUCAUGAGCUUGUGCCUACGAUAACCUGUACUUCAUCAAAUGUUAUCCAGACUAUUUUACAGGCAUUUGCCCAAGUGCCAGAUUUGAGCAUAUAUUACGGGCCUGAUUCUUACAUGGGUGCAAAUAUUGUAGAAUUGUUCCAACAGAUGACAGUAAUGACCGAUGAAGAGAUUGCUGCGAUACAUCCUGAGCACAAUGUAGACUCUAUUAAAUCAUUGCUACCACGUCUUUACUUUUAUCAGGAUGGAUCAUGCAUUGUUCAUCAUCUAUUUGGCCAUGAAGUUGUGGAUACGAUAAAAGAAAUGUAUUGUGAUGCAUUCCUUACUGCCCAUCUUGAGGUACCUGGAGAGAUGUUUUCAUUGGCAAUGGAAGCAAAAAGAAGAGGAAUGGGAGUAGUAGGGUCCACUCAGAAUAUAUUGGAUUUCAUAAAGGACAGGGUUCAAGAAUCUUUGGAUAGAAACAUUGAUGACCAUCUCCAAUUUGUUUUAGGAACAGAAUCUGGGAUGGUUACUGCAAUUGUGGCAGCAGUUCGAAGUCUGUUAGAGCCUGCAAAAUCCUCUUCUCAUGGGGCAAAAGUUACUGUUGAAAUAGUGUUUCCAGUUUCAUCAGACUCAAUCUCGAAAACAACUUCUAGUCUAAAUUCAGUUGAAGUCAGUGAUAUCAUACCUCCUGUUGUACCAGGAGUAACUAGCGGGGAGGGUUGUUCCAUUCACGGUGGUUGCGCAUCUUGUCCUUACAUGAAGAUGAAUUCUCUUAGCUCACUCCUGACAGUUUGCCAUCACCUACCCGACAAAGAAACUACGUUAUCUGCAUACAAAGCAGAGCGGUUCAAGUUGCAAACUCCAAACGGUCAAUCAGUGGCAGACGUAGGAUGUGAACCAAUUUUGCAUAUGAGGAACUUUCAGGCUACUAAAAAGCUUCCAGAGAAACUGGUUAAUCAGAUUCUUCACCCCAAAGACAGUGGAAAGUUAGCGUGA